UUUCUUUACGAUGUCCCCCAUCGAUCUGUCACAUCCGGUCGUAUAUAUGAUGCCACGAGUUAGCGGCGAAUUUGGAGAGUGUCCAUUUUGAGCAGCGAGUCGGCGUCCCGCUUUCUUCACUUAAAACGUCUGCACUUCUAGACCAGCAGGUCCACAUAUUCUCUCGACAGGACCACCGUCAGAAUGGCAGACGCUGAGAACCAGUUCAUGGAGACCUCUGAGCAGAACGGCAACGAGGGUGAGGAGGACCAGAACGGAGCGGAGCAGGAGGCGAUGGGAGGAGACGAGAGCCAGGACAGCGGCACGGACGGAGGCAAGAUUGAUGCGAGUAAAGGAGAAGACGAUGCUGGCAAAAUGUUUGUCGGCGGCCUCAGCUGGGACACAAGUAAAAAGGACCUGAAGGAUUACUUCAGCAAGUUUGGCGAGGUGUCAGACUGCACCAUCAAGAUGGACUCCAACACAGGCCGGUCCCGCGGCUUCGGGUUCGUGCUCUUCAGAGACUCCUCCAGCGUGGACAAGGUGCUGGAGCAGAAAGAACACAGACUAGACGGACGUCAGAUUGACCCCAAGAGGGCGAUGGCCAUGAAGAAAGAGGCUGUCAGGAAGAUCUUCGUAGGCGGGUUGAAUCCUGAGGCCACGGAAGAAGCGAUCAGGGAAUAUUUUGGCGCCUUUGGAGAGAUUGAAACCAUCGAGCUCCCCAUUGAUCCCAAAUCAAAGAAGAGGAGGGGGUUCAUCUUCAUCACGUACAAAGACGAAGCCAGCGUUAAGAAGUGUCUGGAGAAGAAAUACCACACGAUUGAAGGGGGGCGGUGUGAGCUGAAGAUCGCCCAGCCGAAGGAGGUGUACCAGCAGCAGCAGUACGGAGCCGGGCGCGGAGGCUACGGCGGCCGGGGAGGCCGGGGGCGUGGGGGUCAGGGCCAGGGCUGGAACCAGGGCUACGGGAACUACUGGAACCAGGGCUACGGUAACCAAGGUUACGGAUACAGCGGCUAUGGCAACUAUGGCAACUAUGACUACUCCUCCGGUUACUAUGGAUACGGCCCUGGAUACGACUACAGCCAGGGCAGCGCCAGCUACGGCAAGACCCCACGGCGGGGGGCUCACCAGACCAGCUACAAGCCAUACUGAUGAUCGGCCGUUAUUCAAAAAAAA